UAUGUAAAUUAACAAGAGAGAAUAUUCAUAAUUGUAUGGUGUUUUUUUUUAUUUAGGUUUGAAACAUUGCUGUUUUACCUGGUGUCCUACACAUUGGCAAACAUACAUUUGUAAGGAACAUGGACUUACACAUUACCUAGCAGGAUGCCCUCUCCCAACAACACCCAGUUCCACCCCUCCUCCUUCUUGUUGCUGGGCAUUCCAGGAUUGGAAACACUCCAUAUCUGGAUUGGUUUUCCCUUUUUUGCUGUGUACCUGAUUGCACUCACAGGGAACCUCACUAUUAUGUUUGUCAUCCAGACUGAGAGCAGCCUACACCAGCCUAUGUUCUACUUCCUGGCCAUGUUAGCUACCAUUGACUUGGGUCUCUCCACAGCCACCAUUCCUAAGAUGCUUGGGAUCUUCUGGUUUGGUCUUAGGGAGAUAAUCUUUGAUGCCUGCCUCACCCAGAUGUUUUUCAUCCACAACUUCACUUGUAUGGAGUCGGCAGUCCUCUUGGCAAUGGCUUAUGACCGUUAUGUGGCCAUCUGCAACCCACUCCGGUACAGCACCAUCCUCACCAACAAGGUUGUUUCUGUGAUUGGUCUUGGUGUGUUAGUGAGGGCAUUUAUUUCUGUUAUUCCAUUUGUAUUUCUCAUUUUGCGAUUGCCCUUCUGUGGGAAUCAAGUCAUUCCUCAUACCUACUGUGAACACAUGGGUCUUGCUCGUCUUUCUUGUGCCAGCAUCAAGGUCAAUAUCAUCUAUGGCUUGGGUGCUAUUUCAAUCCUAGUUUUUGAUAUUAUAGCCAUUGCCCUUUCUUAUGUUCAGAUACUCUGUGCUGUUUUCCGUCUCCCUUCCCAUGAAGCCCGACUCAAGUCUCUCAGCACAUGUGGUUCACAUGUUUGCGUAAUUCUCGCCUUCUAUACACCAGCCCUCUUUUCCUUCAUGACACAUCGCUUUGGCCAAAAUGUCCCCCGCUAUGUCCACAUACUUCUGGCGAAUCUUUAUGUUAUAGUGCCACCAAUGCUGAACCCUGUCAUAUAUGGAGUCAGAACUAAGCAGAUCUAUGACUGUCUGAAGAAAAUGUUAUUUAAAAAAUAUGAUUAA